AUGUUCCAUGGAAUACGAGAUCGGGUAACGUUGGCCACGAUCUUGUCGACAACGGUAAGCAUCGCUAUGAUGGCCGUUUGUGGAAUCGCGGCCAUAAAGAUUUGUGGUGACAUGAACGAUCUCUACCAUAUGAGCCUGGAGGAAAUAAAGGCCUUCAAGGCUCUUACUGAUGAUGCAUGGAAGGAAGUGGUGGCAAUGAAUAUUCCACAGCGAAGACAGCCUGACGAUGAAGUUGGUCGAGAGAAGCGAGAUGACUCGUCUCGGUCACGUUGCAGUAAGUGGUCUUGUUGGGAUGAAGAUUCUCUUGAUCUGACAUUGUCCAUGGAUGCUCCAUGCCUUAGACAGUCGCUACAAUUUGUUCUGACGAUUGAAUACGCCGUUAAACCAUUUACCGUAUGA